UUAACUUUGAACUUGACGCACGCUCUCUGUGCUGCAAAGCUUUAUCAUUGCUCGCUAGGAGAGUUUUUGCUCAGUCUUAAAACACAACUCGAUCGAAACGCACACGUCGUGAACUUCUCGGACUUCAACGUGUUGGUUUACUCAUAAAGUGCUUUAUACAUAAAUUUAUUUGAGAGAGUGGUUAUUCCAACACUUACUCACCUGGCUAAAAUUGUAGCUAACGACAGAGCUGAGUAUAUUGAAUUUACGUGCGGGUGAUAAGCGAAAAGUGUGCUGCAAAAUAAAAUCAAAAUGCGUGUCCAUAAAAGUUUAUCAUUCUGUUGUCUGUUAAUUUUGGUGCUGCUCUCUGUUUUCUCCCAUGCCAAGUCUUUGAAAGAGGAGUUAAGCAACGCUGAUGCAGUGCCAAGUCUUCCGAGUGGCCAGGGACCCAAAAAUAAAACAGCCGUCACUGCUGGUGAAGAGUUAAACACCGCAACCAAUCUAGUGCUAGCGGGAAACUACAAAUAUGAUGUGGAAAUUCUCGAGUCUGGAGACGAUGAGAGUGAAGAUACAGAACGUGACAGCAGCGAGGAACGAGAGGAGCGCUUUAAGGGUCACGGUCUGUUCAACCCAGACCCCGAGACUUUUGUGGCCGAAAACAUUGAGAUGACAUCCGUGGAUGUGGAUGCAAGUGCUAUUAGUGAAAGCCACAUGCUGCUUAGCAUUAUACUUGUGGUGGUAGCUCUGGUAUCGGUUUGUCUCUAUGCUGGACUGGUUAUAUGGCGAUCGCACUUGGAGCAACGCUAUGGCAUGCGCGAGAGACUUGUCAACCGGGAUGUGGAUGACGUGGAGGGCGUUGAAGAUACGGACUAUCGGGUGGUAUAUCCCCACACACUUAGCCCCUACGCACCUACAACUACAACGACUCAUUCGUAGUCGCAUAAUCUGUUGUCAGAGUUUCAGUUACGCUUAAGUUUGUUUUAAAUUGCACUUGAUAAAACCGUUAAUUGAGCGUAUGACGAAUAUGAAUUAAUUUACACUCACAUACCUGUGUAUUGUCAUGUUCUCUCAUGUGCAUUGCAAAUUCUCAAUUAACUACAUACAGUCACACAUCAAAACAAAUAUUAAAGGUCAUUUUAUAAUACUUGAUCAAGUGAACAUGCCAAUUAGUUAUAAGUGUCUGUGAUAUUGUUCUAAAUAAAAGCUCUUUGCACAAAAUGCUAAGAGCCAAGAAUUAAAAUAUGUUAUAAUAAACAAAUUUAUCUACAUA